AUGGAUGAUUUCGUUUCUGGUACAAGCACUAUAUACGAGGCAAUCGAACUCCAAAACCAGAUGGAUUCCAUGUUCAAAUCUGCUGGCAUGCAACUCCGAAAAUGGGCAUGCAACUCAUCGGAAAUUUUAAAGCAUAUUCCUGAAAACAAUCGAGCAUUAGAAUCAUCUGUUGACCUUGAUAAGGACAAGUCGAUCAAAACAUUGGGUUUGCAUUGGGAACCCAUGACUGAUAGAUUGAAAUACAUGAUACAACUGGAGCCCGACGAUGUUACACAGCCAAUAACAAAACGUACAACGCUUUCUUGCAUUGCGCGGAUAUUUGAUCCGUUAGGAUUUGUCGGCCCGGUGGUGGUUACUGCAAAAAUAUUCAUGCAGAUUUUAUGGAGUCUGAGAGAGGAAAAUGGAAAGGUAUACGACUGGGAUUGCGAAUUGCCCGCAGACAUUAAAAAUCAAUGGAAUACAUUCUACAUGCAAUUGGAUCGUCUUAACGAAUUGCGUAUCGAACGACAAGUGCUUCUUCCGGAUGCAACUUCUAUCGAAAUGCAUAUUUUCUCUGACGCUUCUGAGCACGCUUACGGAGCGUGCGUAUACUUACGCACAGCAAACAGUUUAGGCGAAAUCAAGGUUGCACUUCUUACGUCACGUUCCAAGGUGUCGCCACUGAAACAAUUAAGUAUCCCACGCUUGGAAUUGUGUGCAGCUUUGAUUGCCGCUGAAUUGCAUCAAAAGGUAUUGGAUUCCUUACGUCUGGAAAUAGUGACCAAUUUCUGGGUCGAUUCAACGACUGUGUUGAGUUGGUUAAAAUGUACUCCUUCUACAUGGACCACCUUUGUGGCCAAUAGGGUCUCCAAAAUCCAACAUGCCACUCCCAACUGCAAGUGGAGUCAUGUUGCUGGCAGCGAAAACCCUGCUGAUAUUAUUUCGAGGGGACUCUCGACGACGGAGUUGAUCUCUAGUAGGCUCUGGUGGGAAGGUCCUCAGUGGUUAGUACAAGACAAAAAUUCUGGCCUGUGCAAAAACCUAUAG